UUUAUAAGAAUGUAGUUCCAAAUGUAAGGGUUUCUUACUAUGUGAAUAAAUGAAUAAAUAUCAAUAUAUUGUCAUGAAAUUUUUUUUCUGAUAUUCUAUAAUAUCUUGUAAACUUAGGCUAAAUGUAAAGCUAUUUAUUCAACCAAACUGGUAUUCAAUUGUCCGCAUAAAAAAUCCCAUUGUUGAAUUUAUUGGUUUAAAAUACUACCUUUUGUACGAUUGAAAUUGAUUCAUUCAAUCAUAUUAUUAAAUAAUUUAUUUAAUUGAUUCUAUUAUUCCUUGCUAAAAAAUGAAACUCAUUUAAUUAAAAUUCAAGUAAAAAAUACUCUGAUGCAUUGAUAUCCUUCCGCGCCGCCAUUUUGUGAUCAUCUAUUUUGUUUUCCGUAUAGCCUAAAUAUUUAUUACUGGUUUAUUUGUUGUAAUAUUACUUGGAUUUUUCAAAUCAUGAUUUAAAUUAAAGACUGUUCAAAAGGAAAUAAAUGCAAUUGAUCCUUUGAAAUGAACAACACUUAUUAUUCAAUUGAAUAUAAUCUAGAAAAUUUCAUCAAGUUUACAAAAAGUAAUAUUAUUGCAGAUUUGGAGUACGGCUUAAAAAUUUGAAAUUACGCAAAAUGUAUAUUUCAAGUUUGUUGACUGUAACCAAAAGCGUACCUUUUAGAAUGGAAAAUGUAUAUUCAAUUCGUUUAGAGGAGACCAUCAGCAUUUAAGCGAUGAAAUUCUACUCUAGAUAAUAAUUUUAUAAAGUAUGCACGAAAGUACGAAUAGGUGCAAUGGCCAUAUUCAAGUGUCUGGGAUCGGCAAGGCACCGAACAGGCACCGUGACAGGAAGGGCUGCAAAAAGGGCAAGAUUGAAAUGAUAAUGAAAAACAGUAUGGGCGCUACAGCAAAAGCACCUAAACUGCAGCAUCACCACCAGUUGGCCACUGCCAAGAAGUCCACCUUGUCCAAACUGUUUGGUGGAGGUGCAAUCAACAACCACCACCAGUUGCACGUCAUCAACUCGGGCUCGGUCAUCAAGAACGAGAUCAUCGACGACCCCUACACGUUCACCGACUCGGAGCCGCAGUCGCUCGGACUGUACUCGGCCACCAACUGCCUGUCGUCGACCCGGAAGGUACAGUCAGUUCCGUCGCCUAACAGCGCAGCAGCGGCCAGAAAAGUGCAGGCGGCAACAGCGCUCGCGGCGGCGGCGAGUGUAAAUACUACUGCCGGCAGUAGUGUUGUUAGUCGUAACGAUGCAGUGGGCAAAAGCAUGCGCUCGGUGGCAACCUCAGUUGACCCGAUGAUUGCUGCGGCGAAAACAGCAACCAUCAGUCAACUGCAACCGGACAUUGCUCGCAACCGAGUCGCCGUUGUCAAACGACGCAAAGUGGUGCCCCCUGCGCCCCCUCCCCCUCAACCCUCUCACCCUCCUCCCCCUUACCUGCAACACCUGCUCUCCCUCACCAACCACCAACAUCAGCAGGAGCCAACCAAAUCCUCACCCUCCUCCUCUUCCUCAUCCUCGCAGCGUCACAACCCCCCUCCUGCCGCUCCACCCCUGGCGCGCGUCUCCCUCCCCGCCAAGCGACUGUCGCGGCAGACCACGUGGCAACGCGAGCGGCGCACGCGACACGAACUCUUGCAGAGGAUACAGGAAGCUCAGCAACAAUUGCAUGUCGAGAAGCGCGAUCUGUUUCCUUUAGGUUUAGAAUUGUCUGACUCCGAGGAGGACUCUGAUGUGGAGGAGUCUGCGGAAGUGUACCAGAGGCACUGGUUCAUGGACGAAGUGUGGGGCGGCGGGGCUAGGGGCCGUGAGUCUCGGCUGGCGCAGGUCAACGCAGAGUUGCGGCGCCGCCUCCGCCAAGCGUGGCGGGGCGUCGGGGGCGCUGCGGCCGCCGAGGAACCGCCCCCGGCUCUGGUGCGAGCGGUUGUCACCGCCGCCCGCUCCCAGCCAAACGCCACCACGCUGGUGCUCGAGCCUAAGCUCUUGGCUUCCUAUUCCAAACAGAGCAGAGCGAAAACGGCAAUGCUGGGGCGUACAGGCCAGUGCAGCCUAUGCGCGCGGCGUGCCUUGCCGUGCACGCGACACUGUGCCGCGCACAUCAUGUACAACGUAGACCAGCUGCUGUUCGCCUACUGCACGGCCAAACUGGCCGACCACACGCAGUGCCGCGUGCCUGUCUUCGAUGUGCGCCACCACAUGCCUCUCUGUCCGCUGCACGCCACCAACAAUACAAUUCUAACGAAACCUCAACCAGAUACCACACCAAAGAGAUCGCGUAAGAGAACAAAGCCUUCAACGUUGAAUAGGUCUAGAAGUAAAAAGAAGAAAAAGUCUAAAUCUAGUACGACAUCAACAUCAACAUCGACGUCAACAACAGCAGUCAACUUUGUGGGAGAAAGUGUUGGGAGAGUGACUGCAGAUGUUGUUAGUUCAUCAACACCAACAGCAGAGCCGCCAUUGGCGGUGACUACUUUGGCGCCAAUUUCAAACGUAGACACGUCAGUGACGAGUAUGUCAGGUCACGAUAUCGCCGACGUGUUCCAAACGGAAAUGCAUAGUGAUGUGCCGCAGGUUGAAAUCGAGGUUCAACUGGAUGGUGAAGUGCCGGAAGAGGUGUUGGCGAUUGCGUCGAUGGAUCCGGCCGAGCUGGCCAGCCAGGCCACCAAACUGCUCGAGGAUCACGAAUUCACCAACAUGCUGCUCACCCCGGAUUUCAACGACCUUUUCACUGAAGACAAGAACGGGCAGUACGAGCCGACGAAGGAAGAGACGGAAGAACUGGAGAGGGCGCUGGAGGCGGUGGACAAAGACGUGCGCUCCCUGGAGCGGACACUGACCUCGCGAACCGGUCUGGCGGCGCUGCCCCUCACUGCGCUGCCCCUCGAGUCCCUCCUCGACGACGCCACCGCCCCCCUCCUCGUUGCCGCCCCGUCUCUGCCGCCCCCGCCUCCCUACUCGCACCACUUUGCUGCCCCACCCACCAACCUCACCAACUCGUAGCCAAAGAUUAGCUGGACCAGUCUAAAUACUACUCGCAAACCGUGUGGGCUCGACUGCAAAUGUGAAUCGAGGCUGGACCUCGUCACAAUCAUCUUUCUCCUUCCCUUCAUCUUCAUAUUAACCAUCAUCAUCAUCGUCGUCGUCAUCAUCUUCAUCAUUCGCUGCACCGUAAAUAGUUUUCUGAGGAAGCGUAGUUUAUCUUUAUAUCGUUGUUGUUGUUGUUGUUGAUAUUGUUGUUAGAUGCAUGUAAUCGUAAUGGAAAAGGUAAACAAAUAGUUCUUUACAAACGUACCUAUUACAAUUGGGAUUAAGCUAGCGUUAUAAAGUAAUAAUUAUAAUUGUCUGUCUGUCUACAAGAACCAGUUUAUUGUUAAAGGUACGUAUUUCUUACUUUAACAUACACUUUUGAUUACAAAAACCAACUCAAAUUUUCAAUAGUUUAGGUUGCAGUCCUAUCAUAUCUCCAUCUAGAGCACAAUAAUUAUACCAACCUGUGUAUUCCCUAGUCAGAGUGUAGCGUAAAUGAUGUGGUGUUGAAGUAGUGCCCUUAUAACAUAGUAAGUAAAAACUUUUAUUUAAUUCUUUUUAAAGAUAGGUUUUUAUACAAUUUGAUAUUUUGUAUUCAUUGUAUUACAUCUAUUGAUAAAUUGAGGUACAAUGAUACACGUUGUCAUAUUUGUAUCACAGGAUAUUGAGCGUUUCUUUUAAUUUAAUUUUUUUUAAACUAUGUAAUUUAUUAAGAUUUGGUGAUACUUGUUGUAGGUGUGGAAUUCGGGAUUUUUAGAAUAAUAGAUAUGUUGAAUCUGAAAUAUUUCCAAAUGAAUUCAAUGUUAGAAAUAAUUCAGUUUAUAAAUUAUUUCCUUCGCUGAAUGAAUUAUAGUAGUAUUGAAUUGAUUGAAGUACAGGCUUAUUUAAUUUAAAUUAUUUCUGUGAUGUAUUCCAUAAUUAAUGAUAUCACGCUCAUUUUUUGGCGCGACUGUUCAUUUUAUUAGAUAGGUUCCAUAUUUACGCGCCGAUUCAUCUUCCUAUUAAUAAAGGAAGGUAUUAGCUUAUACAUGAACGGAGUAGGAAAUACACAAUUGACGCAUUAUCACUUUUGUACUAAUUAAUUGAUUAACUUGCAAUUCUACAUCGUGAUUCUGAAAUUAACGAGGAUGGAUAUAGGCUUGUAUUCAUCUUCAUUAAACAAUUAAUUUUAAUUUAAUAAUUGAAACAAAUAUAAAUUUGCCAUUCAAAGUUUACGCAUAAAUAAAAGCCCAACCAACAGAGCAUCCUCCAAGUUAUCGAGUAAUCAAAACCAAUUAAACUAAUUUUUUGCUGACAAUUUUCAACAUUGAUGAAGAUUAUCCUCGUAAUUUUGACAAAAAAAUUGAUGAUUAUUCUAUUUUUUCCCUGGACAUAAGGAGAUUGCAUUUUACAACAAAAAUUUCCCCCACUGCAAAGCACGGGUUACCUGCUAGUUGAAUAUGUAUUUUAUUUUAUCACAAAUCAAUAAGGAGCCAAAAUUAUUGUAACAUUAAGUUACACUUUGAAGUGAAUAUAGUAAUGGUGAAACAAAAUAUUAUUAGUUGUUGCUAUGUGUGUUCGGAGAUAAUUUUUUAUUUUGAAGUUCUUUUUUAUUUUGAAGUUUUAAUUUCCAGAUUUUUCAAAUUGAAAAAGUUUUCUUUCUGCAUAUUAAAUAGGUUUGGGAUGUCUUAAGAUCUUUAUAAAUUCAAAUAGAUUUCUUGACAAUUGAAAAAUGUACAUUAUUUUCUUUUACUUGUUUUACAAUUUUUUCAUGAAAAAGUUUUGUUUUGUAGCAUUAAAAAUGGAUUCAAAGAACUGAUUAUAUUAAUUCCACUCAAGAUACCAUGAAAGUCUAAUCGAUGAUAAAUAUCAAACUAUGCAAUAGAUUCUGUAAAUCGAAUAUAGAAAAUCGAUACUCUGUUGCCUACAGCAUAAUAUUAAUCUGGAUAUUUUGGAGUUAUAAUGUAUGGGUGAUUCUAAUUUGACUACUAAAUUCAAUAUUACAUAUAUCCGAAGCAGCGAAAAAAUACUAAAUUUAUUAAUUAAUUUUUUUUCUGUUAGAACUGAAAUUAAUUUAUUUGAAAUAUUAUUUAUUUAAAUUUAUUAAAAUGAAUAUCUUUGAACGUUGAAUUCUGCGGAAAAAAUAUUUCAUUUAUCAAAAGGUAUCCGAAAUCAUUUGGCAUCAAAUUAUGUCUGACAAACGGAAAGAAACAUUAAAAGAAUGACAACAUAAAAAUUCAUGUUCAAUUUUUAUAUAUUAAAAUCGAAAGUUUUUUCAAUAGUUGAUGGUUCCCAGCUCUGCCUUGUAACUUGAAAAAUAAUACAAAUAUCUUCCAGGAAAUACGAAUAGGAGUCGUAUAUUUUCAUAAAUAAGAUACAAAAUGAUAUGUGAUAGUAUUAGGUUCAACAAUGAUAACUUCGAAUUGGUUUAAAAUACGCCUUCAUAGGUCUUGCGGGUCCUGUUACAAAUAAUUUAGAUUGUACAACUAUCGUGCAAUUAUUUGAAUUAAUACAUGUAAAUUCAACGUUUUACAUAUGAAAUUAGUACUGAAGUAGUAGGUAGUAUUAGGAUUAGUAACUCUUAGUAAACUAAUAAACAAUUGUCUCUAUUAUUUAUUAAGUUUAUCGUUUAGGUCAGUAAAAAUUGUGAUAAUAAUUAUAAAAACGAAAAAAUAAAAUCUUCUUUAGGUUAGGUGGCAGUUGUAUAAAUUAGUUGUAAACUAUUAGUAGUUCUGUCUAUUAGAUAUUGUAUGACAUGUAGGUAAUUUCGUAUUUUGUGUUUAAGUUUGUGGUGAAAGUCGAAUAUAAUUAUUGUUGAAUAUAGGUAUUUUAAUUUUGACCACUUUUACAUACUAUUUGUAAAGGGCUUAGACAAUUUAUAAAUAAUGUCAUACAUAUGUAUAAAUACAAAGCGAUGUCAUAAUUUAUGUCAAUACCUUUAUAUAGUUAUGAUAAGGGAUCGAGCGCUCGUUCAAAGGGGUUGUAUGUAAAAUUAAUUUUUGCUUUCUUCUGUAGGCUACCUCAAUACUGUGCAUGCCUUAUAGCUGUCUAAAUCGAUCUACAUUGUGCUAAAUGGGAGGAAAUACCAUUAUUGUCUCAUUAAGUAUCAACCCGAUAAGUUAGAAAAUUGAAUGAUUUAAAUGUUUUUCCAUGAAAAGACUUUAACGUUGUAAUUGCAAUUACAAGCACGCCAAAGAUGUAUACGUCUUUACAGCUAUAUCCUUUUGAUUCGGAUAUAGCUAUUUCUAUAAUCCUUCAUAACCUGUCAAAUUAUAUGAAUGGUACCGUUCCGUUAAUAACUGAUAAAAUACUAAAUAUAUCGUUGAAAUAAUUUGAAAAACAAUUUAACCAAUACAGGUACCGUUAUCUGAAUUUUUAUUGUGAAUCUAUGAAGUUUAUCUAUUAGAACGUAUUCCACACCUAAUCUAAUUACCACAAUUUCUAAAAAUUAUUUCUUCUUUCUACGGUACAUUCCAACCGCUUUUGAUAGUGUGAAUAGGAUUGAGCUUCUGAGAGGUCUGUACAGCAUGGGCAUGUCCCCAAAGUUUAUCAGCCCUGUAGCUAUGACAAUGCGAGAUGUCAAAGGACAAGUAAAAAUCGGGUUGGAUUUUCAGCUUGGACCUCCACAUUGCUAAUAAGAAAAUCGACCAGAAAGGCACAAUAUUCUGGAAAUUCAGUCAAACAUGUGCACAUGCAGAUGACAUUAAAACUCAGAUUUUGGAGACCUUGAAAUCCAUGUAUAGGAAGUUGGAAGAAGAGUCAGCUUUGAUAAGACUCAGGAUAAAUGAGGAAAAAACUAAAUGCAUGAUUAUGUCUUCAGAUGCAGCACAGCAAGCAAGACUGGUGGAUCUGGUCACUGAUGGAGCUCCCAUUUCAGAUUAAGGAACCUGCCCUGAUGGGGCAUAUCCCGUGGGUUUGAAGGCAAGGCAACUUCUGGAGUUGCCUUGGGAUUUGGUUUGUUUACGUGGUUCCCAAGAACAGCUAGGAAAGUGGAGUCAACCCAGACAGAGCCCCGCAUGUCCAGGCAAGGCAAAAUACUAUAAGAGGGCGUCUGGUAUCCUGCAGGCACCGUUAGAAACAUCAUAUAAAAGUACCACCCAUUAGCACGGUCCACAUAACACCUUGGGUUGGUCUAAGAAGAAGUAAGAAUAUGGACAAGGAAGGUCGACAGAUAGAAAAAUAAAAAAAGAAUGGCGCAAAGCUAAGUCAAUCGAAAAAGUGCCAUUCUAUAAAUGAAAAGUUCCAAUUCCAAAGCAUAUUAAGAAGGAGAAGGGCUUUGGAAAGUGGGUCUCUUUUAGUCGCCUCCUACGACAAGCAGGAACACUUUUGGUGUAUUCUGGUUUUCAACAAAUUCUUUAGUUUUUUGAGUCGAACAUACUCAAAGCUCCCCCAAUCCACAGGGGGCUUAGAUAUUACCAAUUCGUCAGGUAUUUAAAAGAAAAUUAAUUCUCAUUUUUAAUCAGCUGUGGACAACAUUAUCAACUCUUAUUUGACAUUCAUCUAUUCCAAUUUUCAUCGGACUAUUUUUGUGCGGUUGACUAUAGUGAUGCCCAUCAUUGUCUAUAGCUGUGAAGCCUGAGCAAUCACAGAAGAGAGAAGAGACUCAAGAGUUACUGAAAGAAGAAUGCUUCGAUGAAUCUAUGGUCCAAUAUGUGAAAAUGGAACUUGGACACUAAAAUAUAAAGAGGAGUUGGAUGCACUCAUACAUGGACAGGAUAUAGUCUCAGAGACAAGAUGGCUGGGACAUGUUCAUCGAAUGGGAGAGGACCAACUUCCUCUUAGAGUAUUGAGGUGCAAGCUGGACAACCGCAGGAGGAUGACAAGGCCACGAAAUCGCUGGAUGGAUUGUAAAGGACUUAACAGAAUUGGAAGUGAGAGGAUGGCAGUUCAAGACUGGAGGCAGAGAAUGCCAAAGCCCACCCCGGGCUGUAGAGCAACGAGAAAGAGAUGGAACAUUCCACAUUAGCAUUUUGAUUGUAGUUUUUAGUCGAAUAGUUUCUACUUAUCGGGAUUACGGGUUGAAUUCCCUUACAACUUUGCAGAUUUUUUUCGCUCCUAAACCAUUCCCUCUUUUCCUCUUGGGAGAAGUAGAACCCUUUAUAUAAUAUUAUAAUAAUCGAUCACAUAUCUUAUCAACCUAACUUGUGCCAACUUCUAUCUAGAUGAAAAAUAAUUAUUGUUCUACAGCUAAAGACUGCAUCAUUCGCCAUGAAGUUAUGUGAUUGUAGGAUAGUUUAUUUAUGUAAUGUAUUUGAAGAUUAAAACGUUUGAAUUUUGUGGGAGAAACUCAGUAAUUCUACUUCUGUUCACUUAAAAACUUGAAUACCAUUUCCAUUGUAGUGAUGGAAAGUUGAAAUUUCAAUUGAUAUUGGAUAAUAGGCCUACUUCACGCAAGAUAAUACCCCUUAUAUUUAAUUUCAAAUUUUCAGUAAUUGGAAAUUUUCAGAAGUCUGGUUGAAAUGUUUCUUUUCCGCUUAUCUUCCACAAGCUGCCAAGUUGUAUAGAGUUUCGUGGUCCUUGAAUCGUUCAGAGACAAAUUCUGCAUCAUAAGAUGAAGUGGAAAAAUGUAGGAAUUGAUGGAAAAUCAUAUUUAUUGGACUGAGCUAGGGUUGAGGUUGAAAAAGUAUUUAUUUCAUGGAAAUUUAUUAUUAAUUUAUUGUAGUAAAUCAUUCUAGAUACACAAAUUCCUCCUUUUCCCCUUGAAGAAUUUAUUGUGAUGCAGUAGUUGUUUUAGAUUCAUUACCAUUAUUCCUUGACCUUGAUGAUUGUAGAAGAAUUUUUUUAAAGUUCAUCAACGAUCUGCCCUCAUAAUAACCAUUUUCGAUUAGUAACGUUCAUUUAAUAAAAAAAAACUUUUCUCAUCAAUGUCUAUUAUAUCUAAAAUAGAAUAUCAUUGGUAAAAUAAUUUUGAAAUAUUCUUACGAUUUUUUAAAAUCUCUUUUCCUAUUUUUCAUCGGAAUGCAAGAUUUGUGGUAUUCUCUUUCAUUAUCAACAUUGUAAUAUUAUUUUUUGAGAAACUAACUUCAUAGUGAGGUCCACGUUAUAAUGGUGGUAUUUGGUUAACAUUGGUGUUGCUAUCCUUGCCUAUCAUUCGACAAAGUAGUUAGCGCUAUCCUUUUCUAGUUCUGCAACGUUGCCUGAUCGUUUUUCAACAAUGUAGUAGUAUAAUUGGUUGACAAAAUAUUUAAUCUAAAUAAAAUGUAUUAUUAAAUCAUUCAAAAAUAUUUUUUCGACAAAUAAAAUAAAAUUGAUCAUUUUCAACAAGAAUGAAAAGUUAAUAUUACUGUACUUCAGACAUACAGUAACAGCUAUCCUCUAUAGAUGAAUUCCAGCUAUCCGGCAACGCUGUUCUGCUAUCUUUCUUCACUGUCAUUAUAACGUGGACCUCACUAUAAUAGGUAUUUCUUCUCAGAAGAUUUCUUGAAAUGUUUUAAAUAAAUGACUGCUAAGAUAUUGAUAUUGAUAUUAUUGGAUUGUUCUAGUCAGUGGAAACCCUUGCCGCCUUGAAAUCUAACAUUUUAAAACAUCUUAAGCUAGUACCUAUAUAAUUUUCCUUGAUAGAAUAAACUAUAUUAUUAAUUUUAUUGUCUUAAUCAUCCUAAAGGAACAACUAGUAGUGUACUUACCGAAAUUAGAUUGUAGUAUUUAUCACUAUUUCUCUCAUGUUGAACGAUUUCAACAUUUAUUCAAUUAUGAUUUUGUGGUUGGGGGUUGGAAGUUUUUGUAGCAAAUAUGUUUUUUCUGUAUGCUCAAGGAUGAAAAACUGCUUUUCUGAACCAUUAAACACCACUAAUUUUUGUAAAAUUUAUAGAAAUUACAUAAUAUUCAUAUAGUUGACAUCAUUGUAAGUUAUCUAGGUAAUUUGAAUUUUGACCAUAAAUGAUACAUGUUCUUGACUUGAUAAAAAGUUUUAUACAGACUAUACUUGCCAAUCUAAGAGUUUUACUGAGUUGGAGAUAUGAUAGGAUUUUGAACCAUUUAUCAAAUUAUUCCUCUUAUAAUAUUUAUAUAAUUUAUUAUCAAUGUUAAUGCUGAUCUCACAUUCUUUAGUUUAGAGUCGGUUUAGCAAUAAUCUAUUAUUUUUACAAUAAUGAGGCUUGUUUAAUAUUCAUUAUGAAGAAUAUUUCGACGGCCAAAGUUUAUGAAAAUCAUAUUCAUGCUGGAUUUGCAAAAGUAUAAUAUUAUAGUUAUGGGAAUGGUUAUUCUACUUGACAGUCGAUUCACGAGUUUGAGAUUUUUUUAGAAGAGGGUCGUCUUUAUUGGAAAUCAUAACUGUGAACAACAAGAACAAUUCUUCUAAAACAUAUAGAAUUCUUAAUGCCCAACAGAUUAGAUGUAUCGUAUAACGAAUUCUAAAAUUUAUUUUGUCAUGCAGACACAAGUUUGUUCGCAAGAAAAAAGUGAACUGAAUUGUUGUUCCUGGUUCACACAGCUGCGGUCGGUCAACAGAGCAGCGGUCAACAUGUGAGAAGGAGCGAAAGCAAAUCAACUUCCUUUUUAUCUAGAUUGCGAUCCAAAUUUACAAAGUAUUAAAACACUCUUAUUAAAGUAUUCAACUGAUCUUUUUCGAGUAACUAAUUCAUAUGUUUUGUCAUCAACAUUUAUAUCUCACCAUUUGCUAAAUUACUGGAUUCCUAAUUAGGUUACAAUAUUGAAAAAAUCGAAUAAAUUCAUUUAACUUGGCAGCUUGUAUGGAGUUGUAGAAUGUCUUUGUCCACUGCCCCAAGUACGUGUAUUAUAUCCACUUUCCACAUAGCUUUAUAGCAAUUAAUAUUACUAAAACCGUUUAAGAGCAAAAUAAUUAAUUUUAAAAUAUUCUAUUUAAACAAAUCAAACAAAAAAAUAUUCUAUAUAAACAAAUCCUCAGUACACAAUUAUUUUAUUAGACUGCCUUCAAUAAUUUAUGGAUUAUAUAGAUCUUUUAAAAUCUCUUAUGAUAAACAAAUCACUUUUUUGUCAGAAAUUGAGUUUUUGAGCGCAUUAAUAAAGGUUUAGAAACAACUGAGGCAUAGACUCGAAUUAAUGAAACUUUUGUAUUGAAAACGCUGAAAAAGCUCUAGUUUUCACUGUUCAAACUAAUGUGUUUAGAGAAAAUUCAGUAAAGGCGUCCCUCCUUUCUUGAAGGAUCUCAUCUCAUUUCAAUUAAACAUCACUAAUCUCGAAUAAUUCCUUUUUCGUUCCAUAAAAAAGUUCCUGGCUAUCUGCUUUACUAUAACAUAAAUAGGUACCGAUAAUGUAAUAUUAUACUAUUGUAUGCAUUUGAGUGCCCUUCUCGCAGAUGUGUUUCGGUGUUAUUAUAAAUAAUAACUAGGCUAUGUAUGUAGUUGAAUAUAGGUAACAAUAAAUUAGGUGUUGAAAUGCAGUUGCUGUAUAACGUAAUAACAGAAUUACUCGUUAAUAAAGACCGUUCUUAAUGUAACUAUCAUUGUAAUAAAUGAUUAUCCUCAAAGAAACGUAAGAUACAAAUUUAGUAACGAUUAUUAUUAUAUUAUCAUACUAUAAUUUAUGCUGUAUAUUUUGUGUCUCACAUCCCCAUAUUGGGGCAUUGACUGCAUGUCUGUUGUAAAUGUGUACUGUAAUAUAUUAUAUACAUAAUAAUACUAUAAAUAUAUUUUUUAUAGAAUAAAAAAUCCGUUCAUUUCUUUUUGUCAUUUUUCAUAUUAAAGAAAUAAAUAGCCUGUUCUAUA